CUCCAUAUACAGCUGUGCAGGAGAGAUGCAGAGAAAAACCCUGCAGUAUCUUCAUCCAGCUGUUCCUGAGAGCUGAUUCUUCUCUCAGCUUGGAUAAAUCUGGAGAAAUUAAGAUGGAGUAAUGUGCUUUAAUGGCUCUGAACGCACUGGGCUUUAAAGGACCUGAAUGAUAGCCUUCAGCGCUCAAAUCAUUAGAGGGAUUGUAGCACUACGAAGAUGAACUUUGGGACAGUUGUGAUCUCUGCGGGUCUGUGCGGGCUGCUCAGUUUCAUCCUGCUUGCCUUGUCCAUUGGCACUGAAUACUGGUACAUUAUAGAUGUGGAUGAAGGGAAGAACUCCAGCCUGGAAUACAGCAGCUCUCACUCCGGACUCUGGAGGAUAUAUGAAGACUUGCACAGGGUCAUAGUGGUCCUGCUGCCUCUCAGCCUGGUGCUGCUGGUCUUUGGGGGGAUCUUCGGUCUGGUGGCAUCUUUGGCUCAGAGCACCACUCUUCUCUCCUGCAUCGCUGCAUACUUCCUCAUCUGCAGUGAGUCCCAUUAACAGCUACAUGACAUAUAUUUAACAUCUACUCACAUCAGCUGAAAUGAAAUGAGGUCUCAGCAGUGGUAUCGCUGGAGUCUGUGUUCUGUAUAGGUCAGUGGGACAUGAAAUAAAACACAAUGUAUAAAACAUAAUGGGAAUGAAAGAAAAGAGAAAAUGUCAGGUGCUCCAGCAGAGGGAAUGGUUUCACACAGCGAGGGGUUUUAAUAACUCAAUAAUACAAAUCCACAAAGGCUGGAGUAAUGAAUAGCAAAGAUAUUGAAUUAUUGUGUUUAAUGUGUUUAGGGGAUUUAUGUUCUUAUCCUGAUCCAAAUUAUGUUCCAGGCAAAAAUAAACAGGGGUGUAAUGUACUCAUACCAAAAUUAUUUGGUUGGGGUAUUUUGGUUUGGCUUGCAUGUGUUACUGACCAAAAUCAGUGUUGUUUUAAAUAACUGGAAGACCUUCUGUUUACAUCUAGCAUAAUUUGAAACUCCAGUUUCUCCAGCUAUAUUUUGUUAUUAUGUGACAAAUUCAUUAUAUUUUGAUGUUGUGAAUA